UGGUGUUACUGUAUUAAAGCUGAAGAAAGAUCAUCUUUUGGCAGAGAAGAAAGUCUCCCCAAACAGAGCAUGCCGACUCCCUUCUUACAUUUUGGAUGCAAUGAGUGGUGAUGUCCACAGGAUUCCUGUUGUGUCUAGAGGAGACUUGCAAAAGAGUGACUGCAACCACAGGUGAUGCCAUGGAAGUCUCCUCCCCAACCCAAUUUCCUGACACCUUUCCUAGCAACUGACCUAUUCCCGCACUGCUAAGAAGAGGGAAGGUUUUACUACCACGGAUAAAGAAGUGCACAGUGUCUGCCCUCCCUUCCCUUCCUUGCUCGUUCUCCUACAUGGCUACACGCAAGAGCAUUCUCUAAGUAGAUGGCUCUCGGAGAAGUCAAGCUAUAAUAGAACAAUUGCUUCUGGUGAUUUUCAAACUAUUUCCUUGAGGAAGUUAUUUCAGAAGCCCAGAAGAUUGUGGAUUCUUUAUCAGAUGCUCAGAUGGACCCCGAAUAUCUUAUAUCCUUAUUCUCUCGGCCCCUGUCAGCUUUCAUCAUUCUGGCCAAUGUUUUCAUUAUACUUGGGAUCCUGUUCAAUCGCAAGCUCCAUGGGACCAUCAACUGGUUCUUCCUGAGUCUGCUCAUUGCUGACCUCUUGGCUGGGGGAGCUCUUCCUUAUGUCUCCAAGAUGCCAUUUGAGAAGGAUGGUCUCAGCUACGGUCAGUGCUUAGCACAUUGUGCUGUGCCCAAUUUCCUUUUCCUGUCUUUUUUAGCCAAUCUGCUGGUGAUGCACUAUGCUAAAUAUAUAUGCAUCAUCCAGCCACUACGUUACCACCAGUCCUGGGUUUAUCGCUGGGCUGGUCUUUACAUAUGCUUAGCAUGGAUGUCUCCCUUGACUUUUGCAUCCAUGCCAUUGGCUUGGUACCAAAAGAAGCCCAAUGAGAGCUGCUCUAUUGAAAAAGUCUUAUACCGGCCGUACCUCUAUGUAGAAACCUAUGUGUUCAUCAUCCCAAUCAUCUUUGCAAUAGCUGUAAUGGGUAUCCAAAUGCUCUGCAUAGCCCGAAAACAGCUUAAAAACAUUAAAAAACUGCUUAAUUCAGUGAAUCAAAGUCAGGCCCCAUCGGAAUUGGAACAACAACUGGAACUGAGGCAUGCAAAGAGUAUCGCCAGUGUAUUUCUCAUCUUCCUGGUCUGCUGGGUGCCAUAUAUUGUUUGUUUGAAUAUCUCACUGUAUUUAGAAAUAAAGCGGAGUACCACCCUUGCUAUUUUUAUCUGCAUAGGUACUGCCAGUGCUGCUGUAAUACCUAUCAUCCUCAGUCUUGGCAAUCGUCAAUACACCAAAUUUUGGAGUGACAUGGCCAUGAAAGCCUAUAAAACCUGCUGCCAAAGUCAGGGGUGCAAACAACAUAAUAACCAGCCCUGUGGCAAUAACACAGAAAUUCCUACAAUUCCAGACUGAUACUUUCCAGUGGGAAGUCAUCAAAUCCCUCAUCCACCCAUUUAGCAGCACAAAUGCUUCAAUCUUCUCCCUUCAGCUUGGAAUGAAAUUGGAAUGUUUGCUUCCAGUCAUGGUUUCCCAUAACCCAGGUCAGAAUUCUACUGUUUGUUGGGGAUCUAAUGCCAUUCAAAAGUUCAGCUAAAUAUAAAAUGGAUGAAGAAAGAGAAAGGACAUUCCUUUUUCUCUUCCUUGCUGGCAGUCCUGAGAACACAAAAGAAGAUUGGAAUGCCUUGAAAACACGUUGACUUCAAUUUGCUAUCAAAAAAUGGAGAAGUUGAAAAACAAUGAACACAGUUGGGAAUAGAUUCUCCCACACAGCUCUAUUGAAAUCCCCUCCUCCUGAAUCCCUGCCUUCUAGACCUGCUGCUUACCCCUCUUUCUCCUGAUAUGGAAGGAAGUCCCUGGUUCUGCAUUAUAAGAAUGUCAGAAUAGAAGAUAACACCUGGAUUUCAGCAGCCUCAGUUACAACGGUUGUUCCUUAAAAUUCCUUGCAGUUCAGUUGAAGGAUAUUGGGAAGCUAUUGGGACAUUUGUAUAUCAAGUAGGCUGAGUUUACAAUGAAUCAUAGUUGUAUAUGAAUAUGUGAAAUGGGAUCACAAGCAGACUAUUCCAAAACCAAACACUGACCGCAUUCUAAAAUCAAAUCCAUACAAUGUAAGAUCAUCUCUGUUGAAAAGAUCUAGAUUCAUUCAGUAUGGAGGAAUGCAAAGUACAUAAGUAAAUCUUCCAUUUCCCAUUAAUCUUGUCUUGGCUGUCCCUCACAACAACCCCGAGAUAGACAGGGCCCAAUUAUUCACAUGUUUAUAGAUGAGGAAAACUACACCGAGGCAGACUCCCAUUUUCCUGGUAUUCUCAACAUCAUCAAUGGCUCCCUCUGUAGCAGAGAUUGAAUUGCUUAGGUCUAUAGUUGAUACUGGAGACUGUAAGGAGCAAAACAGGUGAGGAAGGUGCGAAUGCUGUGUCAGCCAAUCUGAACUCUUGGACCAACCCUGAGCAGGAAACUCCCAACUCAAAGCUGGGAACAGAAUGGAGAAAUGUUCACUGGAUGAAAACACUAAGAUAAAAAAGCUUAAGAAUUAUAAAGCUAAUAUUGUAUGCUAGGCUCCUUUGAUGUGUCCUGUCAUAAUUAACUCUUUCAGUGUAAA